CUCUGAUGCUUUCAAAUUUCGAUCUUAUUUUUCGUCUGCAACCUAAGAGGCAGUGCGUGCUGUGCGGAGUGUCUGAAUCACAUUUGCGUAGCACGCUGCUGUACGAUUGUAAUGGUUAAAUCUCAUUGAAACUGUUCGUAGUGUAUUGACUCGCCAAUGCCAUGCAAAGCACAACACUGUCAACUGUGGCAACUGCUGAUAGGCAGAACGAAACCACCACAAGUGACGAUGACCCUUCGCAGGUCAUUCUCAGCCUCGCAUGGUCAUCGAGAAGGUUUGGAGCUGCCUACUAUGACAGCAGCACGUGCAAGAUGUACCUCAUUCCUGACCAAGAAGAUCUACCGCCGGUACACUCCCUCUUGUUCUCCGUGCUGCGAGAAGUGAGGCCCUCUUGUGUUCUUCUGAGUGCCAAGUCCGACGAGAAGUUGAUGAAGGCCAUUAACGAUUUCCUGUCGUCCGACAAAGCUUCGUCGAACACGAGGUCCUACAACAAGGAGGUUAUUCGCACCCUUCCUUUCAAGGACUUUGCAUACGAACCCAGCAGGCACAGGCUUCUGUACUUGAAAUUGCCCAACAUGCCGAGUGGACUCUCUGACGAGGCACGCUACGUCUUCAUGGCAUCAUUAAUUGACUUCAAUGCCAUUGCCAUGGUUAGGUCUGCUGGUGCCUUGAUAAACUAUCUUGGUCAGUGCAAGCUUGACUGCCUCCAAAGCUCACAGGACAGCAAUCUGAUUCGAGGCAUUGUGACAUGCAGCUUGAAAGAUCGCAUCCGCAUCAGCCAGAUGACACUAGGCUGCCUGCAGAUAUUCAAGGAGGAGUGGCACCCUUCUGUCUACAAGUUUGGCAUUGCUGGCAAGGAGGGUCUCUCCUUAUUUGGUCUAUUCAACCGCUGUAGAUCGAAGGUUGGAUCGAGGGAGCUGAGAAAGCUUUUCUGCCGACCCACGAGAGAUCUAAGCGUCCUCCAAUCACGGCAGGCCACUGUCGCCUUUUUCACUGUCCCAAACAACCAGCCCAUUGUCAACAGCCUGCGAGAAUGCUUGGCAAACGUCAGAGAUGUGUCGGGAGUUCUCAUGCGGAUGAGCAAAGCGGCUGCCACCGUCAACGAAUGGAAGACAUUCUACAAGACUUUUGUAAAUGUGGUUUCCAUCAUCGGCAUUUGCCACUCCAGCCUUUCGUCUGACAGCAGCAUCGACAUCCUCGUGAAGAUGACAUCUCUACGAAUCGAGGACCUUCUGCGAAUCACCGCCCUCAUCAAGAAAACGCUCGACUUUGAGGAAUCGCAGGCGGCAGAGCGGUUUGUCGUCAACCGGGGCAUCGACAGCACGCUCGACGAGAAGAAGCGUGUCUACAAUGGUCUUCCCGAUUUGCUGACCCGCAUUGCUUACGGAGAGCUGGAGAAAUUGGACCCUGAGAUCACUGAUUGCCAGGUCGUUUACUUGCCACAGAUUGGCUAUCUGCUCACUAUUGCUGAAAAUGCACCUGGAACUGACGAGCCUGGUCUCCAGUUCAUGUUCUCCUGUGACAACAAAAGCUAUUUUAAGACGGCAACUAUGAAGACUCUGGAUGGUCUCUUGGGUGAUACUCUGUACGAGAUAAUUGGUUCAUUCACUUAUUGCAAACGGCACGCAAUUUAUUUUCGUGCUUGCUUGGUACCUGUACAGAGACUUAACUGUGUAAUCCUAUCUCUUCGCUAUGCAGAUAGGGAAACAGAGAUCAUGCACAAAGUUCAGAACAUGAUUCUCGAGGUGGCGGAGGCAUUCCUGGAGGCAGUCUCAGCUUGUGGUGAACUCGAUGCAUUGCUUUCCCUUGCCCUGGUGGCACGUGAGCAAAAUUAUGUCCGGCCCACCCUCAACAGUGAAACUGCCAUCGUCAUCAAUAAUGGAAGGCAUCCUCUGGUAGAGAGCGCAGGAAGCAGCUUUGUGCCAAAUGCAUUCUCCAGUGGUGGGCCUCACUCCAAGAUCAAGAUCAUCACCGGCCCCAACAACUGUGGGAAGAGCAUCUACCUCAAGCAGGUUGCUCUAAUAGUUUACAUGGCUCACAUCGGAAGCUUCGUGCCGGCUGAGUCCGCACAGAUUGGAGCUGUGGAUGCCAUUCUGACUUGCAUGUACUCGGAGGAGUCGCUGCUGCACGGGUUGUCGUCCUUCGGGAUGCAGCUCAAUCAGAUGUCCCACAUCUUCCAAGAAAGAAGCGGGAAGUCACUUGUCAUUAUGGAUGAAUUCGGCAAGGGCACCAAAGUGGCCAAUGGCGUUGGACUAGUGGUUGGCACGAUCGAAAGCUUCAUUAGUGACCCUGCCGCUUGUCCCCACACCCUGCUGGCAACUCACUUUCAUACGGUGCACGACCACCUCCCAGCCACACCACACGUCACGUACCUGACAUUCGAAAGCCUUCGCCAUGAAGGUGAACUCGUGUACCUGUAUCAGCUCAAGGAAGGCCGUGCUUCCAGCAGCUAUGCCAGCCUGGUUGGCCAAGCAGCAGGCCUCUCGAAGGACAUCGUUCAGCGACAGCAGCAGGUAGAGCAGCCUCAGGCAAUCACACAGGCCUUCAGUUCGAAGAGAAAGCUGCUGCCCCAGCUGAUGACUCGGAAGGAGCCCGUGUGGAACAAGGCAUUGCCAUUGGUCCAGAUGCUCCUGGAUGCCGACCUCGCCACUCAGGAAGGAGCCGAAGAACUCCUCAGAAAUAUGCCUGCAGCUCUCAAGUGA